AGCCAGUGUCGUUCAAUGGCUACAACCAACAUCUAUGUGAUCUGACCCCCCACAUGCUUGUUGCUUCUUUCCUUCUACUCUGUCCCUUGCUCACUUUGCUCACUCUGUUCUAGACAUACUGGUAUCUUUACUGUUCCUGGAAUAUGUUAGACACACGUCUGCAUAGGGCCUUUGCACUGUUGUUCCCUUUGCAAAGUUCCCUGGAAUACUUUGUUGUUCCCUGGAACACUCCUGCCUGAAAUAUCCACAUGACUUAACACUUCUAUGGUACUUGCCACUUUUUUACAUACUAUGUGAUUUGCUUUUUUUUUUCAUUAUAUUUAUUUUCUUACUGUUUAUCUCUUCCUGCUAGAAUCUAAAAUCUAAGAGGGAAGAAAGUUGUCUUAUUUAGUGAAGAGUAACAAUCAGAACAGUGCCUGACAGAUGUAGGCACUUAAUAAAUAUUCAGUGAGUGCAUGAGUGAUCAGGAUUCAGAAAUGGUGGUUGACAGCUCUGAGUUAAUGUUAUAGGUUCAACUGUGGCCCCCCCAAAAAAAAGGUAGAAGGUGGAAGUAUUAGCCUCCAGCAUCUCACAGUGUGAUCUUAUUUGGAAGUAGGAUUUUUACAGAGAUCAUCAAUUUAAAGUGAGGUUAUUAGGGUAGGUUCUAAUUCAGUAUGGCUGGUGUCUAUAUAAAAAGGGGAACUUUGAACACAAAGACACAGGAAGAAUGCCAUAUGAUGAUGAAGGUGGAUAUCAGGUGAUGCAUAUAUGUACUGCCAAUGGGUUUCACCCCCGGGCAAGUUCACUAUGGAUUCAACGUGACCAAAGAAAUGACAGUAGGACGUUGUUGGGGCGAAAGGGUUUAUCACCCGGCUUGUUCUCCUGGUGGCAGGUUGAGCACUAGCAUCUCUGCCUCUGCCCAGAGCAUUGGGCCUAGCUCUCCGUAUAGUGCAAUAAUCGCUUAUUGCCUACUGGUGUGGAAGCGUUAGCCUAGCAACAGGCUAGUUACAUCAUCAGUGGUUAAGUUCAGUGAGGAUCCUGGCCAUAGGAACCCCAACUUCCCCACAAUGUACAAGCCAAGGAACCCCAAAGUUUGCCUGCAAACCACCAGAAGCUAGGCAAGAGGCAUGGAGCAGAUUCUCCCUAACAGCCCUGAGGAAGAAUCAACUGUGCCUACACCUUGAUUUCAGACUUCUAACUUCCAGAGCUGGGAGACACAAAUUUCUUUGGUUAUUUUAAAAUUCUAAGACUUUAAGUGUAGGGUUCUUUGUUAUGGCACCUCUAAUAUAGUUCAUUUCUGGAUGUUUGGGUAGGUCUAAAUGAGGUUUAAAAACUCAAUUAGAUCAGGAGGUGCCUGGAAACUUUGAAGCAGUGUGUAAACUAGAUAUAAUAACUAAACAAGAAUGUGUCUCGAAGGGCGAACUGUGUCUGCCCAAGGACUCGGUAGGACAAUUGCUGAAUUCUGUCUUACUUCUCUUGUCUCCAUUCUACUCCUACUCCUCACUGUUGCCACCACACAGAAACAUCUAAGUCAUAGGGGAAUUCCUAGCUUAUGUUUCUCAUGAAAGCUUCAGCUGGGCGACAUUCAGCAACUCUUGAAGAUCUUCCUCCAAGCCUGAAUUAACUGGUUCUUGCAUCUAAUCAACUCAACUGCUUUCUGGAAAACUGGGAACCUCUCUGAUGCAGAUAUCCUCAUUCUCCACUUGACAAGACCAUGGAAGAUCUAGAGGAAAUAUUAUUUGAAGACUUUGAGAACUACUCCUACGCCGUGGAAUAUUACUCCCCAGAGUCUGAUUUGGAGGAGCAGGUCCACCCAGGAGUCGUUCACUGGGUCUCCCUGGUGUCGUAUUCUCUAGCAUUUGUUCUGGGAGUCCCAGGAAAUGCCAUUGUCGUUUGGUUCACAGGGUUCAAGUGGAGGAAGACAGUCACCACUCUCUGGUUCCUUAAUCUGGCCAUUGCAGAUUUCAUUUUUCUUCUCUUUCUGCCCCUGUACAUCUCCUAUGUGGCCAUGAAUUUCCACUGGCCCUUUGGCAUCUGGCUGUGCAAGGCCAAUUCCUUCAUUGCCCAGUUGAACAUGUUUGCCAGUGUUUUUUUUCUGACAGUAAUCAGCCUAGACCAUUAUAUCCAUUUACUCCACCCUGUCUUAUCUCAUCAGCACCGAACGCUGAGGAACUCCAAGAUUGUUGUUGUAUUUGUCUGGCUUUUGGCUUCUCUGAUGGGUGGUCCUGCCCUCUACUUCCGGAACACUGUGGAGUUCAAUAACCACACUCUCUGCUAUAACAAUUUCCAUGAGCAUGAUCCUGACCUCACUCUGAUGCGGCAUCAUGUUCUGACCUGGGUGAAGUUUAUUUUGGGGUACCUCUUUCCCUUGCUGACAAUGAGCAUUUGCUACUUGUGUCUCUUCUUCAAGGUGAAGAGGCGAAGCAUCCUGGUCUCCAGUAAGCAUUUCUGGACCAUCCUGGCUGUGGUUAUGGCCUUUUUGAUCUGCUGGACUCCUUAUCACCUGUUUAACAUUUGGGAGCUCACGAUUCACAGCAAUAGCUAUUUCCAGCAGGUGCUGCAGGCCGGAAUCCCCCUCUCCACUGGCUUGGCAUUCCUUAAUAGUUGCUUGAACCCCAUCCUUUAUGUCCUCAUUAGUAAGAAGUUCCAAGCACGCUUUCGGGCUUCAGUUGCAGAAAUACUCAAGCACACGCUGUGGGAAGUCAGCUGUUCUGGCACAGUGAGCGAGCAGCUCAGGAACUCUGAAACCAAGAGCGUGUGUCUCCUGGAAACAGUCCAGUGAAUUCUUCUUAUUCCACAAAUCAGUGUAAGGCUUGUGUGUGGGUCCCCUAACAAGGUGAUUUCUGAUUAUUUAGUGCCAAGAUACAGAGCUGACCAUAUCUUGUUUUGGUCAAUUUAUUGGCAUCACACUUUUGUGUGGACACAAAAAUUAGGACAGAUCUUACCUUUGUUCCCCCUGCAACUUAAAUUAUCUAUAUUAUUCUUGCUAUACCAUAGUGGAAUUGAUCACCACUAUUGAGAUAAUAUGAGUUACUGUAUUUUUCAACUAAAUAACUUUUAGGUGUUCGAUCUUAAGUAUAUGAUUAACUAAUUUCAAAAAUGUUAAAAUGUGUUUGUCUAAGCUCACUUUAAUUUUGCACAAGUAACCUAUUUGACAUUCUUAAAAUGCAGCAUGUGUCCUUAAUUUCUUUAUUUCAUGUAAUCUGUGUAUAUACAUUUAUGAAUUAAAGUAAUAGUUGGUUAUAGUA